GCGAAAGCGUGGUUCGAACGUAUGAACGCGGAAUUACAAUCGCUGAACCAUGAAGCGGCACAAUACGCUUGGGAUCUAAGCACACCAGGACACGGCGAUGACUCCCACGGCGAGGAAGCGUUCACGCUCGAGAGCAUGGUCCAAUUAGCUCAGCGCAAGUCGAUGUGGCUGUACCAUAGCUGCGAGGAAGGCAGUAACUACCGGCAGUACGGGUGGCCGUACGAUCGGGCCUACUAUUUGCUGUGCCGUGGUGCACGAAACACUCACCAGGAACUAAGCGAAAUGGCCCGAUUGAGCGCGUUCAUCCAACGCAUCUACACCGAGACUGAAGUCUGCAUUCCGGCCGACUGUGGCGCAGGCAACCGUCACCACCAGAUACCGGAUGGUGACUUUUUGUCGAGCAACACCUUCGUGCGCCAUCCAGGACUACCGGUUACACAGUUGAACCUAUCGUCCGUCGGCCUUUACACCGCCCGGCUUGUCACCGGCAUGACGAAAUUGACCUGUUUUCACGGUGAACCCGAUCUCGAGCGGCUUAUGUUGGGCGGUGUGCAUCCGUGCGGUAUCGAGGAAGAAGCCGCCAUUCUGCGGUGGGCCUGGGAAUCGUGGCGAAUGGCCGUCGGGCCUCCGAUGCGCCAACCGUACGCCAAACUGAUCGGUCUCAUGAAUGCCGGGUGCCUGCGUGGGGCAAAUCAGCGUGACGUGGGGGCCUGUUGGCGCGAGGAACUCGAAAUACCGGACCUACGGCUGCAGGUUCACCAGCUGUGGCAGGAAGUGAAACCGUUCUACCAGAAACUUCACGCCGUGGUGCGUUACUUCGUGCGGCAACGGUAUCCUGGCGAGGCGAGGCGCAUCGAUGAGACCGGUCUCGUGCCGGCCCACCUUCUCGGAGGCAUGUGGAGUCACAGCUGGAUCUCGUACGGUCCGCACAUCAUCCCGCACGCGGUCGACAUCGAUCGGCAGUUUGCGAGUGCCAACUGGUCCGCUGCGGAUCUUGUGCGCCGGGCGGAGGACAUUUACGCGUCGAUGGGUUUGGAGCGUAUGAGCAAUGCGUUCUGGAAACACAGUCUCAUUGGAAAUGCGACCACUGCGAUCAAGUGCCACGGUACGGCUGCCAACAUGUUUAGCGGCGACGACUACCGAAUGAUUGUGUGCCCGGCGAACGCCGCCACGGCCGUGCAGGAUUUCUACGUCGCCGUGCACGAGACGGGUCACAUCGUGUACUACAUGGAAGCGGCCGCCAAACAGCCGACCAUCUUUCGCGACGGAACCACAGCCGCCUUCCAGGAAGCGUUCGGUGACGCCAUCUACCUGGCAGCCAUGACACCGCAGCAUCUGGUGCGUUUGGGUUUGCUCGAUUCGAAGCACAUGGCGCCCCCUCGGUCGGACCUCGUUGGCGGUGGAAGUGGACUCAACUCGUUCGACUAUGCGUUUCUGCUGCGGAUGGCAUUGGCGAAGGUGCCGACCAUCCCGUUCGAGUACCUGAUGGACCUGUACCGGUGGGAUCUGUUCGACGGAAGCGUCGACUAUCGGCGCGAUGCGAACGGAUACUUUUGGUACCUGCUCGAACACGAACAGGGUAUUCGUGCUCCGCCGAGUGAGGCCGGUGAACGGCAGAGCGCGCGCGAUGAACUGUUCGAUGCCGGUGCCGGGUAUCACCUGUCGGAUAAUACGCCCUUUGUGCGCUACUUUUUGGCCAGCUUUCUCAGCUACCAGAUCUACGAGGGACUGUGCCGGAGCGCACUGUACGGAACGACGGGCAACACGGAUCCGAACGCAAACGAGAUCCCGAUGCCGCUACACCGUUGCGAUCUGUACGGUUCGAAGAAGGCGGGCAAAAGUGUGCGCCAAGCGUUGGGCCUCGGUGCCUCUGUCCACUGGACGGACGUGCUGGAGGAGCUGACCGGGAAGGAGGACAUUUCGGCGGGCAGCAUGCUUAGGUAUUAUGCCCCGUUGAUCGAACUGCUGGACCAGUUCAUCGACCAGCACCAGCUCGUUGUAGGCUGGAUGGCGGAUUAA